ACACAUCAGCCCUUAAAGCACACCUGUGAAGCUAAUUUUGACUUUGUGGCUGUGUUAUCUAGUGGAAACCCGUGAACUUAUCCCCCUCCCGAAGAAUAUGACGUCAAAAUACUGCGACUCAUUUGAAUCGCAGGUUUUAAGGAUUUUUGCAAGGCUUUAUUGUUUGGGUAAGGUAUUGUGUUUACAUUACAUAUUUUGGGAAUUAGAUUAGCUUCAUAAGCCUAUAUUGAGACUUCUGACUUGCCACACCAGACUACUUUUCUACGGUUAAACCACCACAACAAACAAGGAUACUGAAUUGUGCCAUCUUCACACCUAGCUAGCACUACUAGCAGGCAACCAAAACAUCCAGAGAUGGACAGUGAAGUUCAAAGAGAUGGCAGGGUUCUUGACCUUACAGAUGAUGCUUGGCGGGAAGACCGUCUACCUUAUGAAGAUGUCACUAUCCCAUUGAGCGAACUGCCUGAAGCUGAGCAAGAUAAUGGAGGAUCAACAGAGUCUGUGAAAGAACAAGAAAUGAAGUGGUCAGAUUUGGCUCUACAGAGUCUGCACGAGAAUACACCUAACACUGGGACUUAGCUACUCCGUAAAUGGAUACGGUGCCCAAUCCAAUGUACCUGUGGUUGAACUCAUCUGUCAUUUCCUCUUACAAUGGUCAAAAGAAAAUCAUUGUGGUAUUCUCAUUCAUGUAGAAGGACCCCCCUCUCUCAAACCCACAAUUUGUCUCGCAGUUCAAUAUCUGAACCUGGAUUGAAGCAUCCUUGGACUAUUUGUAGAUUUUCUUAUUGGCCCGACAAAGUCUGAAAACUGAGUAUAUUCAAUGAAGCAAAAAUAAACAACAUUUCAUCUCA